AUGCCAAGCCUGAAUGUCAGCGAGCUUAAUAUCGUUGUGGCCAUCUUUGUUCCCGCUAUGGUCGUCGGCAUUGCCCUCGGCCCCAUCGCAGCGAAAUUCCUGGAUAGCGAGCGAUGGGGGCCAGCAGUUGAGGGCCAGACAUCGACCAUCACACUGGGCCUGGCGCGCGUCGUCAUCUGCGUGCAGCUCAUCAUAGCGGGUUUCCAGCUUCCGGAGCGCUACGCCCGGCAGCACUGGCUUGACCUCCUCCUGUGCCUGGGUCCCAUCAUGACCGCCAUGUGGCUCUGCACAGCAGGCUGCUUACUCGCUGCCAUCCCAAAUCUGCCGUUUCUAUCUGCUCUUGUGAUCGCGUCGUGCUUUACCCCCACCGAUCCUGUGUUGUCUCAGGCUAUCGCUAAGGGCCCCUUCUCCGACAAAUACGUUGCUCGGCACCUGCGCGAGAUCAUCUCAGCAGAGGCUGGCGCCAAUGACGGCUUUGGCUUUCCGUUCCUGAUGCUUGCGACGUAUUUGCUCCGGCAUCUCAAGGGCGCAGAGCAUUUUGAGAUUCCUGCGCACCAUGAGCGCAGCGUCGAGCCGUUGCUGCUUGUCGCUCGUUCUGCGGAAGAGGUUGGGCGUCUCGGCGGUGGCGCCGGCGUCGCCAUCAAGAACUGGGUCGUCGAGACCUGGCUCUACGUGAUUGCCAUGUCCGUCGUCAUCGGUGCGCUGAUAGGAUUUAUUGGCGGCCGCGUCCUCAAGUUUGCGCUUCGCAGGAAAUGGGUUGACAUGGAGAGCUACCUGCUUUUCCCGACUGGCAUUGGCUCCGCUUUUUCCACGGGCUUACGGCACCAGCUUUUCCUUAUGGGCGUUUGCGGCUUGCUUGGUACAAAUGACCUGUUGGCCUGUUUUGCAGCGGGCAACGCCAUGAACUGGGAUGGUGAAAUCCUCCGUGAGACCGACGAGCGUCACGAUCAAGUCAAUCCCUCGAUUGACAUGCUCCUUAACUUCGCCGGCUUCAUGUACAUUGGUGCCAUUAUUCCCUGGUCAGAGUUCAACCAGCCCGAGCUUGGUCUCACCUGGGGCCGUUUGUUCGGACUCGGGUUCUUGGUUUUGGUCUUCCGUCGUAUCCCCAUCAUUCUCGCGUCAUACAAACUCAUGCCUCGCGUCUGUUACAACUGGAAGGAAGCGUUGUUCAUGGGCUAUUUUGGCCCGAUCGGUAUCGGUGCAGUCUUCUAUGCCGAGCACUCGAGGCACUUAUUUCCGAAGCCUGGCGAGGGCGACCCAGAACUCGACCGCCUUGUCCGAAUCCUUCCUCCCAUUGUCUACUUCAUGGUAUUUUUCUGCAUCGUGGCUCAUGGCUUGUCUAUCCCAAUCCUCAGCAUCAUCUACCACUUCAUUGGUAUCGAGCCUGUGCGCAAUGACGGAGUUGAGGUUCGCCGGCUAUCACUCAAUGUUCCUCCGCCUGUCAAUGCCUCACCUGGCCUCACAGCCGACACCUUCAUCGCAUAUAAUCGGUUCUCGAGGCCGUCUUUCAACGAAACCGAGCUCCCGGUGGUAACGGCAGCCGCUGAGACGGGCAAGCCGCCGAUAGUAAGGCGGUAUUCUCAGCGUGUCGAUCCCAGCCAGCUAGAGCCAAUCCCGUGA